AUGGCAAUGCGCCUGUGGGUCGCUUUCUGGACACUGGUGGACAGUAGCUUCAAGGCCAACUAUUACUAUCGCACAGGCCUCACGAGUAUUCCCACAGAUUUGCCCUACAGCACCGUGAAUUCCACAAACACCCACGCCACCAUCAACUUUGACAAUACAGCGCUGGCCGCGAUUUCCAGCGGUCAAUUCGCAGCUCAGUUUGCCACCACUUUGACCAUAGCAACUGCGGGACUUUACUCCUUUCAGCUGGACUUUCGUGAUGGUGUCCGACUGAAAGUCAGCGACAUCAAUCUGAACGACGCUCCGAAAUUAGAAGUGGAUGGUGUGAUCAGCAGUACCGGCGCGAGCCUGCGGAGAUCUGCACCUUGGUAUAUCGAAGCUGGAAAUCAUCCGCUGUACUUGGAAUAUUUUAGCUCUGGCAGUGGCUCUGCACGCUUGAAAUUGGAGUAUCAAGGGCCGGACACAUCAGAUGCCUGGGAAGUGGUUUGCACCACAUCGUCACGCUGUACGGCAAUGGAUCCCAUCCACAAACCGGAGAUCACCAUCUUUGGCGCAGUCCCCAGCUACUUCCUGAAGAGCUCGACCGAAUAUGAAGAGCCAGGUGUGCAAUGUUCAGGGUCCGGACAGCUGUGGGACGUGGUGGUGGAGAAGCCUAGCCUGAGCACCACAGGGAUCUUCUACGCCAAGUACAGCUGUGAGGAUAGCUAUGGCCUCACGGAUUCCGACAGUCGGGAGGUGCAUGUGAGAGACUGGCAGUCCAUUGUGCUGAUUGGCCCUGACCCCUUCACCAUUCUGGAGGGUGACACCUUCACUGAUCCGCAGGCCUGUUGUUUGGACUACAGUGGGCAGAGCCUUUCUUGGGUUGGAUAUGGUUCCGUGGGCACUGCUUCUGGAAUCUACGAGACGAGCUACACCUGCGUGGAUCCGUUGCUGAACUCUGUGGUGACCACCAACCGUCAGGUGAUCGUGGACUCAGCUCCAACUCUACAGUUGCUGGGUGACAGUUCUGUGAAGAUCACCAAGGGUACGGGCUACAUCGACGAUGGCGUCGUGUGUCAAGAUGCUGAAGACGGACUCAUCAGCAACGUCCUGCCGGACAGCGAAGAGAUCAUCCAACCUGUUGGUGUGUUCACCUCCGACAGCGCGACGGCCACCGCACGGGCGGCGGUGGAUGGAAACGGUGAGAGCAGCUGCAGCAACUGCGAGACCGUCACAUCAGGUCUUCUCCGUUGGGUGGAAUUGGACCUGGGUGCUGCGCGCACAGUGACGGAGGUCAGACUCUAUGCACCCAGUGAUGGUUUCCAAGUGCAUGUGGCAACACUGCCCUGGCCCACACAGGGCAGUUCCUCACUGUAUGAGAGCACAACGGGAGACUGCAGCAGUGUCAGCAAAUGGGACAUCUGGGACUUGCACCUCUGCGAGCGCGCCGCGGAUCUGUUGGGCGUGACCUACAGCUCCUCCAGUUACAGCUCCGCGACAGGUACUUUGCACGGCUGUGUUUACGACAGUUCCACCUCAACAUUGGAGAUCAAACUGGGUGAUGCGCGAUCCACUUUUGCUUCCUCUCUGGCCUCACAGAGUGCCGUGAGCAGCACCACAUUGAGCGGCACACAGACACGGAUCUGUGGACCCUUGGCGCCCUUCACGCAGAUUCAGGAUGGUUUUUGCGAAGACAUUGGGUACCAGGCCAUUCGAAGCCGCGUGCGUUGCGGCCUAGCCGCGCAGGCGUUAGGCAUCAGCAUGGGUGCGCACUCGUCUUCCGCCUCUCAAGUUGCUCCUGGAGGUUGCUAUCAGUACACCACGGAUUCGAGUGUCCGGAUCAACCAAGAUCAGACAGCAAAGGAGUAUGUCAGCUCUUCGACCCUAGCGUCGCUGUGUCAAUUGCCAGGCUCCUGUGUAGAUUACUACAUCUCCUACUCGGAUAAUGACAUGGUCUCCGGCACAAGUGCCACAACGCAAAGCACCUGGGGCGAUUGCAUGAAAAGCUGCGCUUCCAGUUCAAGCUGCGGACUGUGGAGUUAUGAUUUGAGCUCCAGCAGCUGCAAACUCUACAACAGCGGAGCUGCAGGCUCCGCUUCUGCGGACGCGAAUCUCAUCUCUGGCCCAGCCUAUUGUCAGGAAGUCCCUGGUGUACCUUGCCGCGAAGAGCUGAGUGCAUCCACAGGUUGGAGCAAUGCCACCUGUUUGGCACCCACCGUGGGUCGCUAUGUGACCAUUUGGACCAGGCGGGCUUCUGGUGAUAUGAAACUUUGCGAGGCUGAGGUCCGCGGGGGUCUAGCACCGCGGCUACCAAAAACCUUCUACAUCAACUCUGGGUGUUCUGGUGCCAGUGUCGCAGGAAACUUCAUCCUGAACGGCAACCAGGGCGGUUUCCCGGUCUAUCACUACCCUCAAGAGGAUGUUUACGCAGUUGAAACUGGAAAAGAGACAGCCAGCUUCACCUACGAUCCCACUGCACAUCGAUGGGUACUUUCCAUCUCUACGGGAGCAGUGGCCUACGCUUAUACCGCGGCCACUCUGCCAGCAGGGGCCUUGGUGAUGACAGCAGAAAGUGGCACCUCCUUGAAGUGUCAGCAGCCCUUGGUACGACCUGAUCCGGCAGAGAGCUGCUCUUGGCGUUUCGGUUUCAGUCAACGUUCAGGGAAAUACGAGUGCCGAGAUGGAACUCUUUGCGAUUCAGACUGCUGUUCCAACAAUGGAGGUCUCUACCGUUGUCCCUACAACUUGCCCAUCAUGUGCGAGACAGCCACCAAUGGGUUGUACACCUGUGCAACGGAUUGCUCCGCCACCGGUGGGCCACGCAAGUGUCAAGCCAGCGAUUCUUCAGCCAGCAGCUGUUUCGCUUCAGGAGUGAGCGGCAUGAGUUAUUCCACGGUGAUGACAGAUGGAACUCUCACCGAGUCCAGUGCCGAGGACUGUCAGCUACGUUGUCGCACUACGGGAGGGUGUGCACAUUUUUCAUAUUACCCGUUAUCAAACACGAACAACUGCAAAUUGCACGAUUCCUUGGCUGCAGCAGCUUCAGAAUCAGGAACGACAUCGGGCCCUCCAACAUGCUUGGCUGCUGUGACAACGGUGGAUAAUGUCAAUCCUGAUCAGAUUGGAUUCUUCCGAGUGUACUACCUUUGUACCGAUUCGAGCGGAUUGUCAGUUGGAACGUCCCGGGUUGUCGAAGUGGGUUGCGAAGGACCCAAUCCAUCUGGUAUUUAUGGUGGCAACAUUGUGACCUGCGAGACCGUGCAGUCAGGACCUGCGAAAGUCAAUGACUACUUGGCGUGUUUGAAAAUCUGCACUGCCGACAAUGCUUGUGAGACCUAUGAGUUCUUGGGAUUCAGCACGAAUACUGCGGAUGGAGGAAACUGUACCACCUGGUCCGGCUGCGAUGGCGUCUAUUCCGAAGAUACCAACACACUGCGGCAGGUUGGCUACUGUCAGCGCAUCAACCACUAUCCCAAGAUCUUUGUGACGGCAUCGGAUCGCACUGUGAACAUCGGUGUUGCCUAUGUAGAAGGAGCUGUGACUUGCACGGACUACGAGGAUCCUUAUCCUCCUAAUCCUGUCACCGUCACCGAAUUCGACAACAACGUCGCCGGGGAGUACUUCUUCCAAUACAGCUGCACGGACCAAAUCGGACAGACCACCUUGGGAAAUCGGACCGUCACCGUGAAAGCCAAUUGCGCAGUACCUUCAGGUAUCAAUAAUUCGGCUGACACCCCAUGUUCAGAGGGCAGUGGACCAUUUGCUCACGGGUCCACUUGCACACCAGUUUGCAAAGAUGGUUAUACCAGGUCACUUUCAUUGAUGACUUGCACUACCACAAGUGAUUCAGAUUAUCAAUCGGACUGGGAUAAAGGGACCUUCAUUUGCGGUGACUCCCAAUGUGACAUCUCCACUGUAAAGGGCUCCAUCAAGAACCUCGCGGAAUCCUCCGAUGGCUCGGAUGUUCCCGGAUGUGUGGAGGGAGAUACCAUUGUGUCCGGUGCCACCUGUACGCCCAACUGCAAGACAGCAGUCGGCACCAGCUUCAUUGCCGACGUGACAUCCCUGGCCUGUGACCGGGGGAACUUCACACCGGUGACCUACACCUGCAACGAAGUGGCUUAUGUGCCGCAGUAUGUGACCUACUCAUCACGCGAUGUGGAUGCCAUUGUUGUGACUUGGGCCGCUGGAAACCCAUCCGAUUGUGGAUUUACCAACUGGGCCUUAGAGUACAUCCUCGUCACCUCAAACACUGGUGAGACCGCUUGGGCGGACUAUCAAGCGAAUCCGAAUUGCGGAACCACAGCCCUGACGGCCGCUUCAAGGACCAGCAUUUUGUCCUGCACAGCCAACACCUUGGCCGAGGGAAGCGGCUACAAGUUCCGUGUUCGAGAGGAAUGCAGCAACACGGAUCUCAAUGGAGGCUGGCAAUACUCAGAGGAGAUCACCACGAAAACACUGACACCGCCAGUGACCAUCUUCACCUUGCCCAAUGACGAUGUCUAUGACUCCCCGGGCAGCAUCAUGGUGGCCUUCGACCAAGCCGUGGUGCCGGGCAUGGUCGGUCGAACAGUGGAACUGGUGAAGUCUGGCGAGAACUGCUUGGCUUCGGCUGAUGGCACCUACAACUACACCAAGACGACCUCCGAAAUCUCAAAGGUCUCGUUGGACGGUCAGUCCGGCAUGGAGAUCGCAGGCUCUCGAAUUCUGAUCAUUACACCUCCCACCGCGUAUUGGUCCGGCAGUUGCGUUUACAAUGUCUCGUUCCAGCAGGCAAGCAUCUAUCCAGACACCACCGGCACCAUCAAAGAAUUAGUGGCAUUUUGGUUCAAUUUCACCUACAUCGAAGUGCCACCGACACUGUCAUCCAUCAUCCGCAACGACACGGGAACAACCUCCACGUCCAUUUCGUAUACCAUCAUGUACGACAGGAGGACCCAGAUGAACUGCACAGCCGCGCCCAAAGAUGCAACAACUUGUGCAACGGCACAAGUUACCCAACAGCUGUCCCCAACCGCAUCCAGGAGGUGUGAAUCGCGGAAUUCGACCAGCGACAUGAUUCAGGAGCUCGAUGAACCUAUGAGUUUUACCAUUAGCGACCUCUAUCCGAAUGUGCAGUACUUCGUGACGUGUUCUGGGUGGAUCCCCGGAAAGUUCUGGGUGCCAACGGUGGAUAUCGCAACCACCUGGAGCAGUGCGCAAACAGUCACCACGUCGGAAGACACAGAGAGCGGGAUCUCCAAGUUUAUGCUCACGGUCUAUGCGGUGUGCACAGAUGGUUCCAUCAAACAAACUUAUCAGGCUGAAAUGAAGACAAGUGAAUUUGAGUUGGGAUACACUGCCCAGAUCGAUGAGUGGAUUGCAGCCUGUCAACCAGGUGUGAGUUUGCAGCUGUCUGAGAGUGUGAAUUUCAUCUUUGAGGGCACGGUUUCGACAGUGAGCGAGAACGCCUACGUGAAUUGGGAAGUAGGGCCAAAUCACACCGUCACCUACACGAAGCCAGCCGAUGCAACUGAGAGUGCCAUCGUGACUUCAUAUUUGAAGUUUGCUGUGCAGUCCCUGUCAUAUUUGCAAGGAAACACCCUUGUCACCAAUCUGCAGAACUAUCAGGUCUUGGUCACCGUGGUGGAUAUCGGGUUCACCUUUGAAGAAGUCUUCGCUAGCUCUUCCAAGGUCUAUGAGAUGAUUAGUGGUCUAAGCUCUGUGGCACCAAUGUAUGGGAGCACCGGAGAUGCAUUACCCACGGGCUACGAAGAGCUGGUGUUGGAUGUGGGGGCAGAGAUGUAUUUCAAGAUCAAGGUGUCACAGACCAACUUUGAUUGGAGUGAAGUGAAAUUGUAUUUGAAGUCCGUGACCAGUGGCUACUUGGUGAGCUCCACCUAUUUGUCAGCCAAUGGCCAAAUUGCCACCUACCAGUUGCAGCACAAUGGCCAGGGCACUCAGCUGCCCUUCAUCUUGGUGUGGCGCUCGGCGAUCUUCGUGAUCCCCAUUUGGAUUUCCUUUUCGCCACCGGUCUUCUCGGUGAAUGUCUUGGAAGCGAGCUUGACGGCGCAGACCACUGUUACGGUUUCUUUCAGCAAUGUUCCUACUUAUGUAGCUGGUACAGAUGCCUUUGGCGCACCAGCCAGCACCAUGCAGAUGUACAUCAUCAAGAAUGGCUACACCGACAAUCUCUGUGGAUCCACCACUUUCGACAAGACGUGGAACACCGGAACAUGUUCGCUGAGUCCCGGAGCACUCACUGAUAUCAUCAUUUAUUUGAAGAUACACAACCAGCAGCUGAACACGUUCCUGUUGGUCCCUGGAGAUCAAUCUGCAGGCCUUGCCAACAUCAUCAGCUAUGCACGUCCUAAUCCCACCGAAAUGGCAUCCGAUGUGCCAAAUGCACUGCGAAACAGUCUUCUGGAUCUGGGGAUGAUCGUGAAUACCUUUCCUGCGUACAUCUACAUCUGGGACAGCGCCAGCGGACUUCCAUCACCGGCUGCACUGCAGCUCAAGGGCGCAGCAGUUGCAGGUUAUAAGGCGGAGUUGGUGUCCAAUGGUUGCAAUGCUGUGGAAUUAUGUCAAAGCAUAACUUGGAUGAACAGCACGGCUCUUCGCUGUCAGACCAGUUCGUGUUUAGACAUCACAUGUCUUCCUCGAACGCCAAAUGUGAAGCUCUACUUGGGUGAUCUUCUGGCUUUGACGGAGUUGGAGGGAAAGAUCAACUUCCCUCGACCACUCAUCCAGAGCAUCAGCCCCACCAGCCUGGAGGACGUGGGUGCCAACCGAUACCUGGGCUUUUGGGGCCUCUACUUUUCAGAGCAAAGUUGCCAGAGCAGCCACGCAGAAUCCAUCCAAUUUGUCAGCAACACCACGGCGACGGAGAUUACCCUUGGUGAAUUCGCGGCACCGUGCACCAUCACUUUUCAGAACAGCACCUACAUCCUAUGUGUUGUCGUUGGCCCAGUCCGCAAUGUCCGUGAUCAGUCGAACACUGUGAGCACAGUUCCACCAGCUUUGUUGUCCAAUACACAGACUUUGACGUGGAAGUUGGUGGGUAGCCUCUACACGCCUCUGAACGGUGCGACCGCCGUCUACGCUUCUGAAGUGGAUCCCUCGACAGAUUUGAUUUGGGCCCUUCCCAGCUUGACCUUCACAGUGAACCUCAUGACCUGCGAAGCUGGCUACCGACGAGAAAGUGACUACGUGGCCAUAUGCGUUGCUUGCGAGCCGGGGUUUUGGAUUACCACCAGCCAGACCGAAUGGCCAUUGCGAUGCUUGCCCUGUGCCGUGGGAACAUACCAAAACACCGCAGGCUCAAGCGCGUGUGUCUCAUGUCCUGCGUUCACGACUUCUCCACAAGGAGCCAGUGAUCUGACGCACUGCACCUGUUUGCCCGGGUAUUUCUCGCCAUACUAUGAUGACACUACUGGAAAGACGACUCCUGGAACUCCCUGCACGGCCUGCCAUGAGUCGGAUUAUAUGCAAGCAGUGAGCGAUGAUGAAAGCUGUGGAGAUAGUGGAUACAAUGUGGGUGAUCUUUGCACAGCACGGGAUGAAGACCUCUGUGUGAAUAUUGAUGCCACCUCGCUGGACCUUCGCAUCUGCAAACUCUACUGUCCGGGAGGUACGGAGUGGCCUUUAGCCAAGCGCACCUUUUGGCACUUGAGGCGCUCUGUGACAACCGGCUCAACGGUGUCUGGACUGGAUGCCUAUCGGCCAGUGAUUCAAAGGUGCCUUCCAACCAUUGCAUGUCUUCCUGGCAAUGUCUGCAGCAGGGAAUAUGAAGACGUAGCUUGUGCCCUCUGCAAGUUUGGAUGGUUCAUGGAUGCCAGCACUGGCUUUUGCACGGAAUGUGGAGAAGCACAGAAGGUAGGAAUGAUCAUCAUGGCCAUCGUCAGCGUGAUUGGCUCCUUCGGAUGCUUGGUGUUCUUUGCAUUCUUCAUGCGCUUUAAUGCAGACAUUGUCUUCAAGCGUGAUCUCCUUGUUGCUUUUCAGAGGUACAUCAUCACGCCGUUGAAGAAGAGCAAUGUCUUCGCCAAGGCGAAGCGAAAAUCUGAGGCCCGAAAGGCCGUGACCGUCUACAAGAAAGACCUAGGAAUGAGUCACAGCUUCUCCAAAUAUCAUGAACUGGGCAUGGUCUUUCGUGUGGACGAAAGCCAAAUCGUGCACUUGGCAGGUCUGUCAAAGGAUUCCCCUCUCCGUGGCAAGGUGUUGCCGGGCUGGAAAGUCAACACCAUCAAUGGACGUCGAGUUAAGGUUCGGAAAGAAGCUGAAGUGCAAGAAAUUGUCCAAGCGUCACACUUCCCACUUCGGCUCACCUUCUCGGCGCCGCGAAAGUCCAAAGAACAAGUGAAGCAGGAGAGCGAUGGAAAGAGUGUAGACGGGGUCAACUUCGAUGAUGACCGGAAGAUGAUCGUGGUAUUGCUGGGAGUAAUGACUUCGUUCACCAAGGUCUCAGGAUUUGACUUCGAAUGGCCAGCUGCAUUCACAGAAUUAGUGAAGUAUGCCCAAAUGUUCUCCUUCAAUCUGAAUUUCUUUGCCCCGGAGUGUUCUGCAGAGACGCCAUACAUCACGAAGUGGCUGGGAUAUUAG